AAACACCAUGGCAACAACAACACAACCCACAGACCCCACAUCCACCAACGACCCCAAAGUCGCAGCCUCGACUCUAGAUUUCCUGCUCAUAGAACUGGUGCCGCUCGCCCAACGCAUAGCCGCCGACCUACAUCAAAGAGACACAGCACUUCUCUCCUCAUCACUAGAAAGAAACGCCACCUUAAACACCGCUGCAUCAACAUCUAGUGUUCAUUAUCGCUUAGAUGCCCUAGGCUAUCGUGUGGGACUGGGAUUAGUAGAAAAACUAUCACAGAACUCGCCUCGGCCAACAACGCCAUUGGAUAUGAUCAAAUUCAUCUGCAAAGAUUUGUGGCAGGUGGUUUUUCGCAAGCAAAUCGACAACCUCAAAACAAAUCACAGGGGCACGUUUGUGUUGACGGAUAACAAGUUCAUGGCACUGGGGAGGAUGAGUGUGGAUAGAGGAAGGGGUGCGAGGGGUGCUGAAGAGGCGUUGAGGAAGGCGCAACCGGUAUGUUUUUGUCUCGUCUCUUUCCUGGAUUUUCUUNUCCUCUAUUUCCCUUGUGGUGUCAUCCGUGGCGCUCUCUCUGCAUUUGGUCUUUCUGUUACUGUGCACGCCGAAACCGCCGAAUUGCCUCAAGCGAUAUUUCAAAUCAGGACUGUGGGCUCAAAACCU